CGCCCUGCUUCCCGCACCGGCUCGGUCCGCAACUCGGUCAUCAACGGCCACAACCGCGAGAGCUCUAUCGGCCAGGCCGCCCCGGGCGAGAUCAUCACCCAGGAGCGCCAGCAGCACCUGCAGCAGUCCCCCAACAUGGGCAGCCAGCGCGGUGUCGGUCUUCAGGACCAGGGCGCGAUCCCCCGGGACCGGUCCACCACGUUCGACGAGGCGUCGUCCCACCGCCCCCGCUCGGCGUUCGGCCACCGCCCCGAGCCGGUCCUCAACAGCGUCACCGAGGACCAGCGUGAGUCCCAGUACGGCAACGGCCGCGACUCGCGUGCUGGUGUGCUCAACCGCAACGGUACGGUCCUCAGCCGCGCUGGCACCAACGGCCGCAACGGCGCUCUCAGCCGGGGCGCUAACGGCGGGACUGUCGGCAGCAGGCGUGGUGCGUUCGGCCGCGGUGCCGGUACCACCAUCGGUACCCAGCCCGAGGAGGUUUUGGGUCGCGAUGACAUUCACACCCGCGCCGAGCUCUCUGAGCGUAUCCUCGACGAAUCCACUCUCCGCCGUCUCGCGACGAUGGAGAAGAAGGACGCCAAGCGGCUCACCAAGGUCAUCAAGGCGGAAGGCAAGGCCGAGGCCAAGUCUGUCCUUGGCUCCAUCAAGGAGCUCGAGCGCCUCGUCAAGCUCCAGAAGGAGGGCGCGCGCGCCGAGCGCAAGUCCCAGGCCCGUCUUGGCAAGUGGACGGUCAAGGAGCACAAGGCCCGCCUCAGGUUCCUCAAGGAGAAGGAGAGGUAUGAGCGCAUUGAAGGCGAGCUCCGGAACGCCGAGAAUGACUAUGAGGAGAGGAGGGACCAUGCUGCUGGUUUGACGGGGCAGGUGGCGGAGAAGACGCAGGAUCUGGAUGAUCUCCGUGGGCAAAAGGCCGCUGAUGAUCGUGAGCGUGAGGUCAAGCUUUUGGCGCUCAGGAACCCGGCCCACAGCUAG